UAAGUGGGUGGUUCUAAUCCUUCUUUGCUAUUUGUUUUCAAUUUCAUUUUUAACAAGGAGCAUUUGCUGCAUGAGGACUUGUGAUACCACAUUUGAAACUCACCAAUUAUGGUGUUUUCUUCCUUAACUCCAGCUGUGGUAGCACUAAUCUGUGUCUUGAUAGGUAUAAUACUCAAAUGCAGCAGGAAAACUCACAAGACAGAGCUGAGCACAACCAGCAAGAAGGCAGUGUUUUGCCCAUGGGGGGGUGAAGGCUUAAAAGAUGGCACUGAUUUACAUGCAGAGGAAAAAGAUGAUGAUGAAUGGAAUGAAUUAGCUCACAUCCCUUUUUCAACUGAGCGAUACUCUGAAGAAGACAUGGUUAAAAGAUCAAAGGAUUUUUAUGAGCUUCUCAAUAAGAGACGAUCUGUUAGAUUCAUCAGUGAUGAGCCAGUUCCAAGAGAAGUAAUUGACAACGUGAUUAAAACUGCAGGAACAUCCCCUAGUGGGGCACAUACUGAACCUUGGACCUUUGCGGUUGUCAAAGAUAAAGAAGUAAAGCAUAAAAUCCGGCAGAUCAUUGAAGAAGAGGAAGAAAUGAACUACAUGAAACGAAUGGGAGACAGAUGGGUCAAUGACUUAAAAAGGCUGAGGACAAACUGGAUAAAAGAAUACUUGGACAGAGCUCCCUACUUGAUUCUCAUUUUCAAGCAGGUGUAUGGAAUACUUCCAGAUGGGAAAAAGAAAACUCACUACUACAAUGAGAUCAGUGUUUCUAUUGCCUGUGGCAUCCUCCUUGCUGCAUUACAGAAUGUGGGCCUGGUGACAGUUACUACUACUCCGCUGAACUGUGGCCCACGCUUAAGAGUUUUGCUUGGGCGCCCAGCAAAUGAAAAGCUGUUUCUGCUGCUGCCGGUUGGGUACCCCAGUGAAGAUGCCACUGUGCCAAACUUGUCCAGAAAGCCACUGGAUGACAUUAUGGUGGUUAUAUAACAUGGAACAUCGGUAUAAGAACAUUUGUUAUCCUUGAUUAUUUCUGUAGGACAGAUUCAAAUAAGUGGAAGCAUCUUUAUACCUAAAUGUGGAUCUACAGUAUGUGUGUCUUUCUUCAGCCAUUUCUAGGUAACUUCAAAGCAGUAAUAAUGAGAAUAUAAGCAACUGAAUGUAAUAGUGAACAAUCAAAAUGUGAUUGGAAUAGUUAUUGAUGAGUAUUAUUGGUUAUUCUAAGGACAAAGUUGCAGUGGGAUUUUAGUGACUUUACUCAAUUGGGUUUAUAAUUACAUUUACAUUUAGUUUAAAUUUACUUUCUUAAUAUUUUGAAGCAUUUGAUUUGCACUGUCUGUGUCCAUACCCUAAGGUGUCACUUAGUGAAAUGUUAGAGUCCCCAUCCUACAUCAUCUUGCAGAAUUAUAUUUUUAAGUAUAAUGGAAAAGGACAAGGGCUAUUCCUUCAGUUUGACUGAAAUAUCAUAUCAUAAAAACAGCAUCUCCUUUGCAUUAAAUAAAGGUCAGAAGUAACAA